AAAUAAACUUCUCUGCUUGAUUGACAACUCAUUGUAAUUUGUACCUUUUGUAGCGCAGGUUGUAAACUGAUUCGCUACAAUGACCAUUGAUAACCUUCCUGAACCUGGGUCGACUAUAACGGCCUACUGUUCGGAUACAUUUAUUAAAGGGGAUGUUCUUUGUAUAGAUGUUCCUAAAAAGUUAAUUGUACUGCAAAAAGCAUCCAGCAAUGAUCAUCCAGACACGUGUGAUAUACUGAUUCUAAAGGCUGAGUAUUUGAGGGAUUUGAAAAGCAUCAGCAAAGGAUCGCCGCCACCAUGCCCUGAAUUAAGUAUCACUAAGAUUGUCGAACGUAUUCGGGCUAAUGAGCGAAUUCAACAAGAGAAGUUGAAGUUCUACAGCCACGAUGUUCCAACCGAAGCUCGUGAACUAGCUGAAUACCUCGAAACGUUUUUCAGUGUUGUCUGGGACAAACCAAAUGUUGUAGUAAUGGAGCACACGAUCAUCAGUCCACCUUAUAAAGAGGGCAAUGUUUCUUGCAAUUUGGACACACAGCAGGCUAAAUCUCAAACGGAGUAUGUACAAAAAAUGGUUAGGUCGUAUCAGGAGCGAGUUUUGGAAAACAGAAGUGGAAAUUAGUUUAAUAUAAUUUUCACACUAUAAAUGUAAAAAAAUCUUAUUCUCUUCUGCAAUGCUGUAGUGUAUUAACAUUGGUGG